AUGGAAAGAUCAUUACGAGUGAAGAAAGGUGCAUGGACCGAAGAGGAAGACAUACUUCUAAGGAAGUGCGUUGAAAAAUAUGGUGAAGGAAGAUGGCAUCAAGUUCCUCUCAGAGCAGGCUUGAACAGAUGCAGGAAAAGCUGUAGAAUGAGGUGGUUGAACUAUCUUAAGCCAAAUAUUAAGAGAGGAGGGUUUUCUGUGGACGAACUUGACUUAAUUAUCAGGCUACACAAACUGCUUGGUAACAGGCAAGUGUAUCUCAGUACUAUUGGAAGAACAGCAAAUGAUGUAAAGAAUUAUUGGAACACAAACCUGCGAAAGAAGAUGGAUUCCAGCAAUAAAGAUGUUAAAUCAAAACCGGAACCAAAAUCAAUAACAAAAGCUACAAUAAUAAAGCCUCGACCUCGAAACUUCAAAAAUAUAAGCUGGUUGAGAGAAGGCACUCCAUUUAUCAAUGUUUGUCAUCCAUUUGGAGACGAUCUUUGCAAGCCAUAUUCUACAAUGGCACCUUUCGAUAAUAAUGAAGUUGAAAGUAUGUGGUGGGAAAGCUUGUUAGAUGACAAAGAAAUCAAUAUAACAAACAACAACAGCUGUUUGGGUAAUGUGUCAGAAAUUGAUCAGGAGCCAAUCAAAAGUGUUUUCGGAGAUAGCAAUUCACCAGGAGGGGAAAACGUAGGGAACAUGUUCUAUGAACAAGGACAAAGGUGUUGGAGUGACUUCUCUUCUGACGAUGCGGACCUUUGGAAUCUGAUCAAUACAGAACUAGAUCAACAACUACUUGAACAACUUUAG